GAUGAGGUCUCUCCUAUGGACAUUGAACUCCCAGCUGCCUGAGCCUGCUGCCUGUGAUGGAAGAGCUGGAUGUGAAUGUGAGUUCCAGUGAGGGCUUCGGCAUCGCGGAGAAGAUCCUGCUGCUCUCCUUCGUCUCUGCCGUCAUCCUCAUGGCCAUCCUGGGCAACCUGCUGGUCAUGGUGGCCGUGUGCCGGGACAGGCAGCUCCGGAAAAUCAAGACCAACUAUUUCAUCGUGUCCCUGGCCUUUGCUGACCUGCUGGUGUCGGUGCUGGUGAUGCCCUUUGGAGCCAUGGAGCUGGUCCAGGACAACUGGAUCUAUGGGGAGAUGUUCUGCCUGGUGAGGACCUCGCUGGACGUGCUGCUGACCACAGCGUCCAUCCUGCACCUCUGCUGCAUCUCCCUGGACAGGUACUAUGCCAUCUGCUGCCAGCCCCUGGUGUACAGGAACAAGAUGACCCCGCUGCGCAUCGCGCUGAUGCUGGGGGGCUGCUGGGUGAUCCCCACCUUCAUCUCCUUCCUCCCCAUCAUGCAGGGCUGGAACAGCAUAGGCAUCAUUGAUCUGAUCCAGCAAAGGCAGUUCAACAAGGCCUCCAACUCCACCUACUGCAUCUUCAUGGUGAACAAGCCGUACGCCAUCACCUGCUCCGUGGUGGCCUUCUACAUCCCCUUCCUGCUGAUGGUGCUGGCCUACCACCGCAUCUACGUGACGGCGCGGGCGCACGCGCGGCAGAUCCGCCUGCUGCAGCGCGCGGGGAACCCGGCCGAGCCCCGCCAGGGCCCCCAGGAGCCACGGCAGAGCCUUCAGGAGACACAGCAACACCUCCAGGAGACACAUCAGGGCCUUCAGGAACCACGGCAGGGCCAACACCCCCAGGAGCCACAUCAGGGCCCUCAGGAGCCACGGCUGGACCCUCAGGAACCAUGGCGGGGCCUUCACGAGCCACAGCAACACCCCCAGGAGCCACAUCAGGGCCUGCAGGAGCCACGGCAGCACCCCCCUGACCAGCACAGCAGCCACCGCAUGAAAACAGAGACCAAAGCUGCCAAGACCCUGUGCAUCAUCAUGGGCUGCUUCUGCCUCUGCUGGGCCCCCUUCUUUGUCACCAAUAUCGUGGAUCCCUUCAUUAACUACACGGUGCCUGGCAAGCUGUGGACGGCCUUCCUGUGGCUGGGCUACAUCAACUCGGGCUUGAACCCUUUCCUCUACGCCUUCCUCAACAAGGCUUUCAGACGUGCCUUCCUCAUCAUCCUCUGCUGCGGCGACGAGCGCUACCGAAGGCCUUCCAUCCUGGGCCAGACUGUGCCCUGCUCCACCACCACCAUCAACGGCUCCACGCACGUGCUGAGGUACAAGGUGUUACACAACGGGCACCACCAGGAACAAGAGAAGCUUCCCAUCCACCCCGACCCUGAAUCCCAAGAGUCCUGUUUCUAGUCCUGGCCCAGAAGAAGAGGAACAGAGGCAUUUUAGGAUAUCCCAAGGAUUCACAGACAGCUGCACUUGAAAACCCAUCCAUCUGCAUUGUCCUGGUGCUUCCUGCAGUGAAUUCCCAGGAAUGUCCAGCUGUGGGAGCUGGGUGGGAGCACGGGGAGGGUCAGGACUGCUGUCCCUGUCCCUGUCCCUGCAGGAGCAGCUGGAGUUGUGCCAGAGCCCUGCUCCAGGAGUGAGGCAUUCCUGGCAAAGCCAGGGCCAAAACAGCUCCAAACCAGCCCGUGCAGGGACUCUGCUGCUCCUUUCCUGCUGCUCCUUUCCUGCUGCUCCUUUCCUCUCCUGCUGCCCCCUGCUCAGCCCACCCCACCCUGCAGGCCACAGCUGUGGGGUGGCACCGAGCUGCCCCAU